CAGGGGCAGUACAACGCGUGCGCGCCCUGCAACCAUUGGGAGUACGUCAAUCGUGGGAAUGAACGCGCUCGAAGUGCGGUGGAGCCGAUGUUGAUCGAAGUGCUGCUGGUGGAGGUGGACGCGGUGUCCCUGCUGCCGCCCCUGCUGCCGCGCAUGCUGAGCAACUGUGUGCCGCCGCGGCUACUCUUGUGGCGGCGCUUGCUGAUCUUCAAGGUUCGGGUGGCGGUCGAGCAGGAGCGCGCUAAGACCCAGAAGAUCCGUGACCAGCUCGAGAAGGCUCGCGAGGCCCUGCGGGCUACCGGGGAGGCGCAGUGCGGCGCCCGGCAAGCCCAGCGCGACGCCGACCAGGCCAUGCAGUCCUUCGACCCUGAGGCUUGGAAAGAAGCCAAGGCAGCGGAGGCGCGCGAGGCCGAGGCCGAGCGCCUGCGCCAGCAGCGGACUGCGCCUCCCGUUGCUGCAGGCGCGGCGCGCGCGGCCGCCGAGCCCGCUGGAUUUCCUCGCGUUGCUGGCGAUGCUGAUCAAGCGCCCGCGGUGGUGGAGUCGCCUGACUUCGCCGCCAAGUCGGCGGACGAGCUCGCGGCCUGGGCACGUGAUCACCACGUGCCUGCAGGACUGUGGGAGGCGUUCGUGGCCCCGCGCGCCACCAUCCAGAGCGCU